GCUCAUUGUUCAAACUGCUUUCUCUUUAUGUAUCUGUGUCUUUAUCGCCCUUAUCACUGAUGUUCCAGAAUGGAUUUUGAUGAUAUCAGCCUCGCCACCUUCGACGAGUUACAACGCGAAUGGUUCAAGCAAUGCUCUCGCUCUGGCUCUGGAAUCUGUGCGCUGGCAGAUCGCUAUCGGCAACGAGACGAUUGCUUCCUCCGUUCCAUGCACCGCGGCUCAUUCAACUUCAGUAUUCGUCUUCAUUGGGAAGACGAAGAGGAUGACUGGCUUAUCCGCUUUCCUAUUCCUGGGAAAUCCAUGUUCUCAGAUGAUAAGGUCUACAGGGAAGCUGUACUGAUGAACUACAUCGCCAAGGAGACUAAUAUUCCCAUCCCGAAAGUAAUCUGUUAUGGCAAGGCAGCUGACAACCCCACCGGUCUUGGCCCAUUCAUUAUCAUGACAUGGGUUGAGGGCAAGAAAAUGUCCGAUGUUCUGAGAGAACAAAACAACAUGGACGAUUCCGCAGUUGACAUGUUAAAUCCCAAUAUAGACUUAAACGUUUUGAAGCGCUUAUAUGGGCAGAUGGCCGAGGUAUUAAUCAGUCUUUGGAGUCUUGACUUUGACAAAAUUGGCUCUCUCGUUGAGGAUAGCGCUACUGGGAAGCCGGCUAUCAACGGACGGCCCCUGACCCAGGAAGAGAACGAGUUGAUCAGAGUAGGCGGGCUCAAAGUGGAGGAUCUCCCGCCUCAGCAAACAUACCACAGCUCCACCGCCUACGUCAAAUCCCUCCUGGAUCUGCAAUGGACCCAGCUGACGAAACAGCGGAACAGCGUGUAUGAUUCAGAAGAUUGCAGGAGUAAAUAUGCCUGCCGCCAGCUUAUGAAAGCUAUAGCCUUAAACUUCGUUUCUGGUCACGAUGAUGGCCCAUUUAAGCUCUUUUGCGAUGAUUUAAGCCCCGGGAAUGUCUUGGUGGACGACUCUCUCGAGAUUGUCGCGGUUAUCGACUGGGAGUUUGCCUAUGCGGCGCCUGCGCAAUUUGCGGCAAGUAUCCCAUGGUGGCUACUCUUACGGCGACCCGACUAUCUUAUUGACGAUAUUGGUCCCGACUCUUUCUUCGACGCAUUCCUCCCGAAGGCGAAUCUCUUUCUGCAAGCCCUGACCGAAUGCGAACAGGCACGGGGAUUAAGCGAAACAGAUGACCAACUGUCGGUCCUCAUGCAGCGGUCUAUAGAAGACCGCUCGGCUUGGUUUAUGCUAGCGUGCCGCAAGGUCGCUUCCGUUGAUCUGAUCUAUUGGGACAUGCUCGACGAAUAUUGCUGGGGACCUCGGGUGUCGAUGGCCGACCGAGGCCACACUUUAACGGGGUUGGGAGAGAUGCACAGGGGGCGGGAAGAUUUUGUGCGUCUGAAGAUUCGUCAGCGGCGUGAAUAUGAUCGUGAUCUCGGGAAGGAGACAGAUGUCAUUUACGAGCCACCAACCGCCUUAGCAGCCUCUCAGACCACGCCCCAGCCACAUAUCCAGCCUUUGAAUAGCUCGAGUAGACUUUUCCUGAAAGGGCUCGCUACCGGUUUAGCGUUCGGUUUGAGCGUCACCCUUAUCCUUCAUCGUUUCAGGCGAUGGGCUUGA